CAGGGACGGGCGUGCGGGCGCUGAUAUGCCGCGGCUGCGGAGUGUUGUAUAAGAAGGAGCUGCAGGGAGCGGAAGAGAAUUAGACGGGACCACGUUUCUCCUCUGUGAGCUGGAGAGAUUAGCAAAAUGUUUGGGACAGUGGUGGUUGGAGUUGGAAUUGCUGGCUUAGCACGAAUUCGAGACUUGAUGAAUCCGAUGCCUUCCAGCCCUUCUGAGCACCUGAAACUCAUUGGAUUUGUAUCCAGGAGAAGUUUUGGCAAUAUUAAUGAGGCUAAGCAGAUUAGCCUGGAAGAUGCUCUGAAAAACAAAGACAUCCAUGCAGCCUUCAUCAGCACAGAGAACAAAAGCCAUGAAGAAACCAUCAGAACGUUCUUAGAAGCUGGGAAACAUGUCCUUGUUGAGUACCCCAUGGCUUUGUCUGCUAAGGCAGCCCAUGAGCUCUGGGAGAUGGCUGAGCAGAAAGGUAAAGUACUCCAUGUGGAGCAUAUUGAACUUCUUACUGAAGAGUACAAGCAGCUAAAAAAAGAGGUGGCUGGUAAAGACCUGGUGAAGGGAACAUUGCAUUUCACAGGCAGUGUCCUUGAUGAAAACAAAUCAGGAUUCCCAGCUUUCAGUGGAAUUGCCCGUCUGACGUGGCUCAUUGACCUCUUUGGAGACCUCACUGUUACCUCUGCCACCAGAGAGAAGCAGAAGGAUAAGAAUUAUUCCAGAAUGACUGUUCACUUUCAGACAGCAAACAAAAAACCCUUGACUUGGAUUGAAGAAAGAGGACCAGGGAUGAGACGUGAAAAGAAAAUCAACUUCUGUUUCACAAGUGGUUGCCUGGAGAAUUUCCCUGAAGCCCCAAGGUCUUCUGUGGGCCUUUUCAUGCAGGAUCAGAACCUCUUUGCCAAGAAACUGCUGGGCCAGGUCUCCAAGGAGGAGCUGGCGGCUGAGAAAUGGCGAAUUUUGCGGUGUCUUGACCUUGCCGAGGUGAUCCAACAGUACUGUGAGGAGCCAGAGAAAAUCUAUUCCUGAGACUGCUCUUAGGCAAGGAAGAACAUGGCAGACAGAAAAGCUGUAGGGCUAGAACUCACUGUUGUCAUCAAGCAGUUGCUAUUUCUGUUUCAUUACCUUCUUUUUGAGUACUUGUGAUUCCUAGGCUCUCCAGGUGUUCUGGGAGAGUCUGGGCUAUGCCCUGUGCCUUCUGGUUUGCACCAGAGCAAAGCAAUUCCCCUGCUCUGAUGCAUCCCUGUCCUUUCAGGUAGUUAGGAACAUAGCAACAGCAAGCUUUGCUGUGAUUCAGCUGGGAAUAUCCCCGACAGUAGAUCCUGCAGGACUGUAAAUACUAUAUAUAAUUCUCUCUCCCAGGGUCCGUCCCCCCAUUCCAGAUAUGUCUGGAAAUGAACAUGUCUCAAUAGUAUUCAUGUACUAUUUUUGACAAUGAAGUUCCAGUUCAGUUUUCCACCUCUUUACUUGAAAUACAGAACUUGUGCCACCACAGUCUUGACCUUUUCUUCCAAUUGCCCUGAAUAGUUCUGUGUGUUUGCUCUAAUUAGUAGUCUUGCCUGUUAGGUAUUGGGAGGGGGUGGUUUGUGUGUUUUUUGGGUUAUUUGGGGUGGCUGGUUUUCACACUAGAGGUCAACUAUGGUCAAAUUAAAUCUGUGUUGGUAUCAAACCAGAAUAGAAGAAGAAUCUUGUCUCUUGAUAGAGAGAUGUUGAUUUCAUUCAGUUUCUCUGGUGCCCUGUGCCAACAUAGAAAUCUUUUCCCAGCAGAGAUGAGAAACAUGCAUUGAACUAAUGCAUUGCCUGCCUGCUCUCUACUGAACCUAAAUAUUUUUGGUUUUGUACUGGAAGCAGCAUAUUAUUCUCUUUCAUUUGUGUUCUAAUUUGGCGUGGGAGUGGAUCAUAGCAAAAAAUAAUAAAUAUCUUGCAUUUAAGAAAAGAAAAUCGCUAAUGCACUCCUGGAAACAGAGAAAUUUGGAAUAGUGAUAAAUUUAGAAUAGCAUUGUAGAAAUCAGCAAUUUGCAGAUACAUCCAUGUGUUUAUGUCGUGGUUUAACCCCAGCUGGCAGCUAAGUACCAGGCAGCUGCUUGCUUGUUGUACUUCAGUGAGAUGGGGGAGAGACUCAGGUAAUAGUGAGGGGGGAAAAAAUGUGGGUUGGGAUGAUGACACUUUAACAGAUAAAGCAAAAGCUGCACGUGCAAGAAGAGCAAAAGAGGGAAUUCAUU